AUGGCUUCUCAGUCAUACGUCUGGCUCAUCACCGGUACAUCUCGUGGUAUCGGCAUGGAGAUGACGCGCCAAUUGCUACAAUCCCCCAUGAACACGGUCAUCGCGACAUGUCGGAACCCCGCAGGGGCAACAGGUCUCCAAGCACUGAAGACCGAUCUGACUCUGAAAGGAACCCUACACGUCGUCCAGCUGGAUGUCGCUGAUGAAACUUCGAUUCGGAACUCCGUGAAGCCCGUUAACGAGAUCCUUAGCGACAGAGGUAUCGACUACCUGUACAACAACGCUGCUACGACAGAGUGGUUCGAUACGGCGUUCGAGCACUCAUACUCGGGGAUGAUCCGUACAUUUCAGGCGAACGUCGCGGGUCCGGCACUCAUCGCACAGCUAUAUAUACCCUACAUCCUGAGGAGUUCGCGCAAGGUCAUCGUCAACAUGUCCACGGGACUCGCAAGUUUUGGCUUGAACUGCGGGCCGAAGUGUGUAUCGUACAGUAUCAGCAAGACGGCACUGAACAUGCUUACGUACAAACAAGCGACCGACAAACCCGAGAUCAUUGCAAUCUCCCUGGAUCCUGGAUGGGUGAAGACAGAGAUGGGUGGCGAGGGAGCGCUCCUCGAACCAUCGGACAGUGUUGCUGGUAUCAUCAAGACCCUCCAGGGCCUGACCUCUGAAAACUCCGGCAAGUUCUACCGAUACAAUGGCGAGUCGAUCAUCUGGUAG